AGCUGACCAAAAAUAUUUACGGUACUGACCAAGUAAAGGCAGAGGGUGUGUGUACACUAUUAACUUGAGGGUCAUUGUUUGUUGUGUCUUGCUGCCUGCCAUUGACUGCUCCUUUGUGUGUGUGUGGGUCCUACCUGAGACAGAACAAACAAAGCUCUGCUAGGAAAGUUCAGUGUUCCAAGAGACUGGUUGAGUGUAGCUGGCCAUGAGUGCAGACAUUGUCGGACCUGGCAAGAAAUUGUCUCACUUUGUAGCUCAGUUUGUCAAGGAGCUCGAAGAUGAUUUUCAGAGUCCCACGAUCUCUCGCUUCCAGGAGCACAUGCCUGACUGUCGGGAGGGGCUACUCGGCAUGGAGGAGUCGCUGUCCACAGACAAGAGUCAUGUGCACAAGCUCAUUGGGUCCAUCAAGGAGCUCUCCAAGUGUAGUGAAGCUCACGGCAACAGCAUGAAGAAUGUAGCAGAGGACUUAGUUAAAUUUGGCACCACCAUCUCAACAGCAGAGUCUCUCAUGGGAAAUUCGUUUGUGAAGUUUGGAACUUUGCUUCAUCAAUUAUCUUCAAUUUUAACAAAUUUGGCUAACUCCUCUAAGAAUAUAUUACUGUUUUCUCUGAAUCACUUAUUUGAGAACGAUCUGAAAGGAAGUAGAUACAAGUCUGACAUCAAGGCUCUGUUUGGGCAGUACCAGUCGGCCAGGAACCAGGCCGAGCGAGAAGAGAGGAAGAUGUUGGUGGCGGCUGGAGCGGAUGUGAGUGGGCGGGUUUUCACUCCAGAGGAGCUGGCUGGCAAGCUAAUACUGGACAGAAGAAAGUUCCAACUUGGUGUUGUAGAGUACAUGUCCAAGUUCAAUGAGGUGAAGACUAAGAGAGGAGUGGACUUGGCAGAGCAUCUAGUAGCCUACUAUCAAGCUCAGGAGGACUACUUCCAGGAUGGCAACCUCAUCAUGAAGGCUCUCAAGGCUUGGGAGGGGAGGUUCACUACACAGUGCUCAGAGCAACGCACUAAGCAGGACAACGAGAAGAAGCUCUUGACUGAGGCUCGAGGCAAGAUCCGCAGUGCCAUGGGUAUCAUGGGAGGGAAGGCUCAGGGCCCCAUUCAAGUGGAUCCUAGUCUAGCUACUAGCAUGACUGACAAGGCUGGGCAACUGGGCAAGAAACCUGACCUCUCACUGCGAUUCCCAUGGAAACAGUGGCCUAAGAAGUACUGCACUAUCAGCAUGAUGAAUGGGUUCACUCUAGCCAACAGUCAUAACCACGCCCCCCACGUCAAGAUCCAGGUGAUGCAUUUCCAGUACAAGGACAGCCAUGAGCCGAUAGAGGGACGCAAGUAUUGCUUCAAGCUCAUCACACAGACAAGGACGUACACGUUUGAUGCAGAGUCUGAGAAAGAGCUACAAGAUUGGAAACAGGCCAUGCAAAACUGUCAACUAAAGCUCUUCCAGGGAGAGAUGGAGGGCACGCUGGCACGCAACAGAAGCUCUUACAGUCAGCACACUCCUGGGAGCGACACACGGCAGCUCGUUAAGUUGAUUAUCUCCAAGAUUCGCAGUCUCCCUGGCAACAAUCGUUGUGUUGACUGUGGUGCCCCUGACCCAGAGUGGCUCUCAGUGAACCUGGGCAUCCUCAUGUGCAUCAACUGCUCUGGUAGACACAGAGAGCUGAGUGUGCAGUACUCACGCAUACGAUCGCUUACUCUGGACAAGAUGAAGACGACUGAGUUACUGAUUGCUCUGGUGAUGGGCAAUGAGAUACUCAAUGAAGUGCUGGAGGCCAACAUCACAGACACCAAACCAACUCCUGAGGCCUCUCUUGACCAGCGUGGAGAGUACUGCAGUCGCAAGUACCUGGAACGCAAGUACAUCGAGCACAGCACUGACAAGGACACUCUCCUUCAUGAGCUGGCUGAGGCUGUUGACUCAAGGGACAUCAAACAGCUGCUCCAAGUCUACACUGAGGGGGUGAACUUGACUGCACCCCUCCCUGGCUACUCCCGGGGGAUAACCGCUCUUCAUCUGGCCAUUGAGCUAGAGGACCUCACUUCACUCCACAUUGUUGACUUCCUACUGGGAAAUGGACAUACUGAGAAUGUUGUGGAUGAUGAUGGCAACACUCCACUGCACUUAGCAGUUUCCAAUGACAACCCACAGUGUGUGAAGCUAUUGCUCAACCAUGGAGCUGACAUCACCAUCAAGAACAAGGAGGGGCGGAAUCCCAUGGACUUGGCAGAGGAGACCAGCUAUGAUGAGUGCAUUGAGUUGUUGCAAGAUGCCUCCAAGAAGAAGUUCUCCAAGUGUGAGCACAUUGAUGUGGACUGGGGUGUAGGUGGUGAUGGUGAGGAGGAUAUCUACCAGAUCCCAGUGGCCCCGAGCACUAGUCCCAGUGGUGACUCAUCACUCAAAAGGAGCGAGACAACAGGAAACAUGGCUGAUGAUGUGUCCGUUGUUGUCCACAAACCUCCUGUCAAGAGCAUCUCUGCACUGGGCGGACUUGCAGGUGGUGUUAGACGAAGACCCAUCUCCACCUAUCAGAUAGAGUCCCGGUCACCACGUGUGUCUCACUCCACACCCAGCCUCGUACCUCAGCCCACAGAGGGAGGGGGAACACUAGCCCCCUCACAACCUGCCCCCUCAGAACCUGCACCACCCCCUCCUCCGAGGACUGUGUCCAAGACUGCAGAGCCUCUGACCUCCAGUGGAUUGCCUGUGCCUCCUAAGAGAAAGAAGAGACUGUCCAUGAUGCCAGAGCUUCUGGAGCCCAUGACAUCAUCACCAGGACGCUUGCUAGUGGAAGCCGUGUUUGACUGCAGCCCAGACCAUCGCGAUGAGUUGGAGUUCAAGGAGGGAGAGAUGAUCAUUGUCACCAAGAAAGUCAGUAAAGAUUGGUGGAGAGGUCACCUCCAGAGCGACCCCAGCAGGGAGGGGAUUUUCCCUAUCAAUUAUGUUCACGAGGUGUCCAGUUCUCCUCUGGCUCUGGUACACAAGAGCCCCACCCCCACUGAUUAGCUAACACUAGCAACUGAUUUAUAUUGUGUCACUCUAUGAGAAAAUUAAUUAUUGCACAAACGCUGUUUUUAUCCUUUUUGAUGUUAUUAGUGAGAUCAAUGAUUAAUUAUUAUAUCAUUAUUGUUAUUAUGACAUGACCUGAAUAACCUGAAUAA